UUGUAUAGUACACUUAACCGGUAUACUUAAUAUAUAUAAACCAAAGAGAAGCACGCCAAACACUCGCCUCACUUCAGGGGCCGUCGACACACGGCAACAGAAACAGCAGCAACUAUACGACCAUAUCGAGACUGAGAGUCGGUACUAGUCGCGACACGAUGGAUCCAACCAUGAUAACCUCCCAGAUGGGACCGGCGCCGUUCUUCUACUACACGCCAGACCCGAGCGCCGAGAACCGGCACCACGGCCACUUCAGCCAGCAGCCGGGCUUCCAGCAGAUACAACCGCAGCAGAUCUUCCCUAUUGUGCCCACCUUGCCCUCGACGCCCAUCUACUCGCGGCCGAAUUCGUCCUGCUCGCAGCAGCCGCUGCCCACCAAGAUGUACAGCUCCGUGCCCAGCAACCUGACUCCGGCCGCGUCGCCGCAGCCUUCGCACCGGCCCGUCGUCUUCCUCCCGGGCCACCCAUCCAAGCUCAUGCUGGAGACGGAGCUCUGCGAUACCGACGGCUUCUACUACCCGGCCACGCCGCCUCUGUCCGCGCCGGGCAGCUCCAUGGGCAGCCCGUGCCACACCGGCGACGUGCUGGCAACCCCAUUGAACCCCAUGUUCUCCGGAUUGGACGGGUGCGAGAUGACGAAGCCCGAGGUCGAGGUCGCGCCCGAGAACCUCGACAACAUGGAGUGGGGUAGCUGCGGGUCUCCUCCUCUGACGCCUGUCUACUUGCAAUCGCAGUCCGGAACGGCUUCGCCCUCUCUCCAUUCUAGCAUCUCUAGUGAUUUCCUGUCCACCGCCUCCUGUCCCUCUCUCUCGCCCUCGCCUCCGCCCUAUGCUCGGUCGGUAACGUCAGAGCAAGACAUCGACUUCUGUGACCCGCGGAAUUUGACAGUUGGCGGUGCAUCCAAUCCCACCUUGGCGCCUGAGUUUACCGCCCCCGUCGCGCUAGCGGAAUUCAGGGGCGACUCGAUUCCCAAACAACCCUCGCUCCCUGACACGUUUGAUUUCGCUCCUGAGAUUCAAGGUCUGCCCGCCUUUGAGGACAUCUCCGACCUGGAAUCCGAGGACGACUUUGUAAACCGUCUCGUGAACAUCGCCGACGUGAAGAGGUCACGCUCCGACACCUGCUCCACGACCCUGUCCCUCGGCAGCGAGUCUUUCCUGGGUGAAGGCGACUUCGACACCGAGGACGGCCUUGCCUACGCCGUCGCAGACCUGGCCAGCGCCGCCAACCCGCUGGAUCUUGAUUGCCAUAAGGACAAGAAAUUCAAGAAGUGCAGGAAGGAAUCUCGUAAACCUGCGCCCGUCAUGAACACCGCCGCCGAUUCCCAGCCCGAGCAGGGCGAGUCGCAGCGGCCGUCUCAGAGCGAAGCUCCCGAGAAUACGGACGGUGCAGCAUCAUCUUCUGGGACCAAUGCGCAAUCUACUCCCCUCCCGGCCCCGCAAAACCGUCGCGGCCGCAAGCAGUCGCUCACCGAAGACCCGAGCAAGACGUUUGUCUGCGAGCUCUGCAACCGCCGCUUCCGCCGCCAGGAGCACCUCAAGCGUCACUACCGCUCGCUGCAUACGCAGGAGAAGCCCUUCGAAUGCCACGAGUGCGGCAAGAAGUUCUCGCGAAGCGACAAUUUGUCCCAGCACGCUAGAACCCACGGCAGCGGCGCGAUCGUGAUGAAUGUCAUCGACACUAGCGGGGAGGGUCUCGACAUCAUGCCUCCUAGCGAGGCCGACUACGCCAACUUUGGCAAGGUGCUCUUCCAGGUCGCCUCCGAGGUUCCCGGUAGCUCCAGCGACAUGUCGUCAGACGAAUCUCCCAGCGAGAGCCAGGGCAAGAAGAAGCGCAAGCGAGCCGAUUAAAUGCCGUCUAUCGGCCGCGUUCCUCGGGAGGGACUGCGGCCGGAGACACAUUUUUUUAAAGAUUGCACCGCAUAGAUUCAAGAGGAAGAUCUCCGCGUACGCCUGUUAACGAAUAAUGAGUUUCAUCAUACACACUCGAUUGGCCCGCGCCUUUUUAUACGCGCGCAUCGAGCCUAGAUGGUCGGAAGAGGACGGUUCGACCAGAUACCGGCAUCCCCCCUCCCCCUUACACGGGAUCCGACGGGCACACGCUCAG